AUGAGUACGGACUUCACUACCGAGCUCGGUAGGGCUUCAGACAGCGGACGAUAGUAAUAUGUUUUCUUUCUUUUUCAGAAAACUUUGGAAGUUCGAGUUGUCUUGUGUGCGGCAGACUUUCCAACACCGGCCACCACUACGGCGUCGUCGCCUGUCUCGGCUGCAAAACCUUUUUCCGUCGAGUUGGUCUUUCGAUUUCAAAACAAACCAAAAUGAUGAGUGUGUACAAGUGAACGAGGUGGAAAAAGAGCUGAACUGAAGAUUAUAAAGGAAGUUGGAAUAACUUGUCAGCAGUUAUGUUGCAGAUCGUGAUGCGCGGAACAUCGCCCAAGUGUAAGUUCAAGAACAGCUGCCGGUUGGAGAAAAGUAAGCUUUUGGUGAUGUCUCGACGUCAUCUUCGCUUGCAGAUGUCAACGCAAAGCGAAUAUGCCGAAGCUGCCGCUAUUGGAAGUGCAAGCAGAUCGGAAUGCGAGAGGAAGGUUCGUGGUAUCCCGAAUAUAUAUCCUUCUAGUCGAAUUCUGGUCAAAGUUUUUUUAAGCGCUUCAUCCUUCUCGUGACGUCAUUGGACGUCGUCGCCGUCCAUCGGCCGAAUCCCCGCCGGACAUGCACAUGGUGUUCUAUUCACUGACUCUCCUUUAGUAUUCGCCUUUUCGUAGAAAACUUUGUCCGACGCCGAUGAAGAAAACUUGCGAUUGCUGGACGAAAUACGAGAGAUCGACAUUUCGAUCAGAGCCAGGACGGCUUGCAUGCUCGGCAAGCAAGCUUCCGAAGACGAGAAAUUUUAUUCGACGGUAAGAAGGAGCCGAAAAUCACUGAAACAUCUCCUGGCUCCAGGACUGCGACUGCUCGAAAGUCUCCGUGAACCACGAGAUGGGCCGAUCGCUGAAGGUCGACCUCCAUCUUUUGGGCGAGUGGGUCUCUAGAGUGCCCUACUUCCAGAAGCUCAGCCCCAAGUUCAAGGUUCCUUUUCCUCUAACUGUACUCAGAUUACAUUUGAAAAAUCUCAUUUUUGACUCUCCGAAUUUCAGAAAGUUCUUCUCAGACGUUUUUGCCUCCGAUACACGGUAAUAGAGCACGGCGUUUAUACAGCACAAAUGCCGCAGUAUGAGAACGUCUGGUGAGUCAGCCUUCCUUUUGUGAACGAGUCAGUGUGCCGAGCUUUAAUUUUAGCUUCUGACAAUUCCAGUCGGCUUUUCAUUGAAAGGAGAACUUUUUGCGUGGUUUAUUAAUUCAUCUCAUUCAAACACUAACAUACAAUACAGAUUAGAAAGUAUUUGAGGGAAGUGAAAUCCUAUGUAGAAACGCCCUUACGAGCAAUUUACUGGGAUGGAAGUCACUUAUUCAAAAUUGAGAACAAGAUAACUGUCUUCGUUAAUUCAAGUUAUUUUGCCUGUUUAGAAACGAAAAUAAAAUUUUCACAACUAUUGGAGUAGAACAGCCAACUCGUUGCCGAGUUCGCUAUAAAAAGUGUUUGGGCUCAAAUUCCCAGCCUGUAAGCUAGUGGAAAGCCCUCAUGAUCCUUGAAUAGUUGACAAAAAGUUGAAGCAUUUGAUGUAUUGAACAUCUUCGUCACUCAAAAAGAAAAUUCAGCAAAACUCAAGAAGUUUCCAGGUUUCUUCCGGACCAAACUUGUCUUAUACGGGACUUCGUCGACAUUCCGUCGGAAAUUCGUAGUCAUUUGACGCCUUCUAUCAUUGAAGAGCAGCAACUUCUUUCGCAGUUCACCUCAAUGCUGAUAGAUGAAGUGGCGAGUCCUCUGCGCAAUCUGCGACUUACUUCCAUGGAGGUCGCUGCUCUCAAAGUGCUCAUGCUCCUCAGUAGGUCCGUCUUUUCUCCCAAAGCACAAAGCUUCUACAGAGCCGACGCAGCUGACGGAGCCGUCUGGAGAGGAGAUCGCGAGCCGCGAAGACUUGACCAUCAUUCACGACGUGCGCAACCGAGUCAUCAACGGUCUUCACGCCUUCUACGAGGUUUCUGAGACGGCCGACGCCGAGGUCCGUCUCGGACAGGUCCUCAUUCUGACUGGAGGCGUCGAGGUCUGUGCCGACCGAGCUCUCGAAGAGAUGCAGCUCUUGCGCGUCUUCAACCUCUCUUCCUUCGACCCCACCUCCGCCAACAUCAUUUUUGGCAAAGCCACUUUUUAA